AUGUUGAUGCGCAGCUCAGUAAGAUCGGCGCAGAGCCUUCUGCGAUCCGUCCAAGCGCCCUCGCGGACCUUUGCUACCGUCCAAUCCGAUAUCUUUAAGCCAACCAAGUACGGCGGAAAGUACACAGUUACACUGAUUCCAGGUGAUGGUAUUGGUGCCGAGGUUGCGGAAUCAGUGAAGACCAUCUUCAAAGCCGACAAUGUGCCAAUCGAAUGGGAGCAAGUUGAUGUGUCGGGAGUUGAGACUGGUGACAAGCACUCAGAAGAGCUAUUCCGCGAGUCGAUUGCGUCUUUGAAGAGGAACAAGCUCGGCCUCAAGGGUAUCUUGCACACUCCGGUCGACCGAUCCGGCCACCAAUCUUUCAACGUUGCGCUGCGACAGGAGCUCGACAUCUACGCCUCCAUUGUCCUUAUCAAGAACAUCCCUGGCUACAAGACCCGCCACGACAAUGUCGACCUCUGCAUUAUCCGUGAGAACACAGAAGGAGAAUACUCCGGCCUCGAGCACCAAUCUGUGUCAGGCGUCGUCGAAUCCCUCAAGAUCAUCACCCGCGCCAAGUCUGAGCGCAUUGCGAAAUUCGCCUUCAGCUUCGCCCUGGCAAACAACCGCAAGAAGGUCACCUGCAUCCACAAGGCCAACAUCAUGAAGCUGGCAGAUGGUCUGUUCCGCAACACCUUCAACGCUGUGGCCAAGGAAUACCCAACUCUCGAGACCAACGACAUGAUUGUGGAUAACGCUUCCAUGCAGUGUGUCUCACGACCACAGCAAUUCGAUGUCAUGGUCAUGCCUAACUUGUACGGAGGAAUCCUGUCCAACGUUGGAGCUGCUCUUGUUGGUGGACCCGGACUUGUGCCAGGGUGCAACAUGGGCCGUGAUGUGGCCGUCUUUGAGCCUGGAUGCCGUCACGUUGGUCUGGAUAUCAAGGGCAAGGACCAAGCCAACCCAACUGCUAUGCUUCUCUCUGGAUCCAUGCUUUUGAGACACCUUGGUCUUGACGAGCAUGCCAACCGUAUCUCUAAGGCUGUCUACGACGUUAUUGCCGAAGGAGCUGUGCGAACUCGCGAUAUGGGAGGAAACAGCUCCACGCACGAGUUCACGAGGGCGAUUCUGGACAAGAUGGAGUCGGCGCUAUAG